CGUUGUUCGCACCCAAAUUGCAUCAAAGCUCUUCUUCCUUGUCAAUCAGUGAUAAACAUGGGUUCCAGUGGCCCUCCCCCGGGGUAUCCAGGCGCUGGCAACCAGCAGAACUACCCCAGUGCUGGUGUGAAGCCUGAAGAUCAGAAGGCAGGUGGCUACGGCCAGCAAGCUGCGUACGGCCAGCCAGUCGCUGGAUACCCCAACUACCCACAGCAGGGCGGCUAUCCUCAGCAGGGGUACCCUCAGCAGGGCGGAUACCCUCCCCAGGGGGCGCAAUAUGGCCAGUACCCGCCGCCGCCGCCAGGGCAGGCGAUGUAUGUGCAGCACCCGCAGCAGCAGCAAGGAGGAGGAGGCAUGGGUGCCGGCCAGGGCUGCCUAGCCGCCUGCCUGGCAAUGGCGUGCUGCUGCUUGGUGGGAGACGCACUCUUCUGAGGUUGGCACUGAUGAGAUGUACGGCUAGUACAUAUCUGUUGAAGGUUGAUCAGCAAGUUGAGGCUCUGUGCAGGGCCGAAUGUUUGAAAAGAGUUUAGCCGCCAUGACAGAGGAAGCUUCCGUGGUUGCUGUGACAAUUGAAGGGUGUUGCGAGCUCUUUGGCCAAUGGGCUGGCAUGUGAACUCAAAUGCAGCAUGUUGGUUGAAAUUUGCAAUUACUAGUUAAUUUCUUUUUAUACUAGCUAGGGGCAUGUGCUUUGUAUACAAUAAUUCGUGAAAUGCGGAAUGUAGGGUUGAGGGUGUCUGCAGGAUUUUACUCACAUGGUUCUGCGGCAUUUCAAUGUAGUGUCUGAAGUAUGAGACGUAAGUACAUCAAUGGGGAAGCAUUGCUGACUCUGGAGCUAAUCAUCUUGAGUGAUGCGAUCUCUCUGUAAAUUGUUACCGUUUUUGCU